AGCCGCGGUCACGUGCGCCUCCUGCCAUUGUCUCCUUGCGCUGGGUGGUGGGCAGAGCAUCGCCUUGUACCAUAGAGUGUGUGGCGGAGUGCCCGCAGCGCCGCCCGCGGCCGGAGGAGUGCACUGCACGUCCUCUGCGCUUCCCUUGUCUGUGCUCAGGCCGGAGGGGGCUCCAGCACCGGGGGAAAGAUGCGCUAGCUCCGGGCCGGGAGGAAGCCGCCUCUAUGGGCUCUCCGGCGUCAUAAGCGCCCGCGCAGCCGGGACACGGAGCAGGCGCCAUGGAAACCGAGCUCUACUUCCUCAUCGCCCGCUACCUGCAGUCCGGGCCGUGCCGGAGAUCCGCGCAGGUGCUAGCAGAGGAGCUGGAGGAGCAUGAGCUCAUCCCAGAGCGACUGGACUGGCAGGGGAGACGGCACCGCAGGACAUAUCUGGAUCUGGUGGCAGCCAAUGCUCAUAUUCCUGCAAACUACCUUCUUAAAAUAUGCGAGCGCAUUGGACCUAUUCUAGACCAGGAGAUCCCGCAGAGCGUUCCUGGCGUGCAAAGCCUUCUGGGAGUAGGCAAGCAGUCGCUGUUACGAAGAGCGAAAGACUGCAGAAACUCGCAAUGGAAACCAUCCACCUUCGCAGCUUUGCACAGGGGCCGGCCCCCAGAACAUCCCGCUGGCUACGUGAGACCACUCAGUGUUGCAAAAGUCGCCUCUUCCAGAGCCCUGACCGGCUGCGCCCGGUUCCACAAUAUCUUCCCCUGUUCAUCGUAUCAGCACAUGAAAAUGCACAAGAGGAUUCUGGGCCACCUGUCGUCUGUGUAUUGCGUGGCGUUCGACCGCAGCGGGAGGCGUAUCUUUACUGGAUCUGACGACUGCCUGGUGAAGAUAUGGGCCACCGAGGACGGCAGGCUCCUCUCCACUCUGCGGGGGCACUCUGCUGAGAUCUCGGACAUGGCGGUGAACUAUGAGAACACGCUGAUCGCGGCUGGCAGUUGUGACAAGGUGGUGCGCGUGUGGUGUCUCCGCACCUGCGCCCCGGUGGCCGUGCUGCACGGCCACACAGCGUCCAUCACUUCCAUACAGUUUUGCCCGGCAACAAAAGGAAAAACUCGAUACCUCACUUCUACUGGUGCUGAUGGGACAAUCUGCUUCUGGCAAUGGAUCGUGGACACGAUGACAUUCGAUGAUCACCCUCUGAAAUUCGCGGAGAGGUCCAGGCCGGGGGUGCAGAUUUCCUGCUCCUCCUUCAGUUCAGGUGGAAUGUUCAUAGUUACCGGCAGCACCGAUCAUGUGAUAAGAAUAUAUUACCUGGGCUCGGGGGAACCGGAGAAGAUUGCAGAACUGGAAGGUCAUGUGGAUAAAGUGGUCGCCGUUCAGUUCUGUAAUAACGGAGACCGGCUGUGCUUCGUCAGCGGGAGCAGAGACGGGACGGCGCGGAUCUGGCAGUACCAGCAGCAGGAGUGGAAGAUGGUUGUGCUGGACAUGGCAGCCAGGAUGGCCGGGAGCAGUGUGGCCACUCCAGAGGACAAAGUGACCAAGCUGAAGGUGACGAUGGUGGCCUGGGACCGCUCCGACGUGGUGGUCAUUACCGCAGUGAACAAUUUCCUUCUAAAAGUCUGGAAUUCCAAUAGCGGACAGCUCCUUCACAUCCUGUCUGGGCACGAUGAUGAAGUGUUUGUGCUGGAGGCUCAUCCCUUCGAUUCCAGGAUCCUGCUCUCUGCCGGACACGACGGCAAUAUAUUUGUCUGGGAUCUUGAGAGGGGAACCAAAAUUCGGAAUUACUUCAAUAUGAUCGAGGGUCAGGGGCACGGGGCGGUUUUUGAUUGCAAGUUCUCACCCGACGGGCAACACUUUGUCUGCACAGAUUCCCACGGUCACCUCUUGUUGUUCGGCUUUGGCUGCAGUAAAGGUUAUGAGAAGAUCCCAGAGCAGAUGUUCUUCCACACUGACUUCCGACCACUGAUCCGCGAUGCGAACAACUUCGUGCUGGAUGAGCAGACUCAGCAGGCCCCGCACCUCAUGCCGCCACCCUUUCUGGUAGACGUUGAUGGAAAUCCACAUCCGACCCGCUUCCAGCGGCUGGUACCAGGGCGUGAGAACUGCAAAGAUGAACAGCUCAUCCCCCAACUCGGAUACAUCUCAAAUGGGAACGGAGACGUUGUACAGCAAGUAAUAGGCCAGCAGACGGGCGACCAGGAUCAAAGUGUUCUCGAUGGUAUGAUCCGAGAACUCCAGAGGAACAUGGAUGAAGCACAGACUGAUCCCCCGAUUAACAGGACGGGCUCUGGCAGUGGAUUUAUGAGAAGCCAAAGUUUGGAUCUUACAUCACCGCCUAAUGUCGGCCUCCGGCGCAGUGGGCAGAUUGAAGGCGUUCGCCAAAUGCAUCACAAUGCUCCGAGAAGCCAAAUUGCGACAGAGCGAGAUCUCAUGGCGUGGCGGAGACGAGUGGUGGUGAAUGAGCUACAUCCCGGCGUUAGCAGAGUCCAAGAAGAAUGCCGCUUUGCCAAGGGUGACAUGGAGGUCUACCUGUACACCACGGAGAAGAAGAGAAAGCCGCCGCACCCGGCUCAGAGGAGCGACCAUCAGGUGUGCAGCGGGAGAUCGCUGCGGAAGAUACAGCGGAAACGCCAACAUGCCUAUCAGACCCGCUCUAACAUAGAGCGCGAUUCCCAGACCAGCGCGCCUACAACCAACGGGGAGGAAUCGCAGAGCUCGCCUGAGGAUGAGGAAUCGCGAGCGUCCAGCGAAGCGUCGGCGGAUGAGAUGACUGCACAUUGGCCGACAGAGAGCUCCUCCAGUGACUCUUCCAGUGAAUAUUCCGACUGGACCACAGACGCCGGCAUCAAUCUCCAGCCCCCGAAACGGCAGACACGCCAGGCAACGCGGAAGAUGUGCAGCAGUUCCGAGGAUGAGAACGUGAAGGAGGACGACAAGCAGAGGAAGCGCAAGCUGACCCGGAGAAAGAAACAGAGCGAGCGUCUCUCUAUGGAAGGAGAGUCUAGCGAAGGGUGGAUUCCGCCCCAGUGGAUUCUGGACACGAUCCCGCGGCGCUCUCCCUUUGUCCCGCAGAUGGGAGAUGAGGUUAUUUAUUUGAAACAAGGCCACGAAGCGUACGUGCGAGCUGUGAGGAAGGCCAAAAUCUACAGUGUUAACCUGCAGAAGCAGCCGUGGCAUAAGUCCGAGCUCAGGGAACAGGAAUUCUUGAAGAUAGUGGGUAUCCGAUAUGAAGUGGGGCCGCCCACGCUCUGCUGCUUGAAGCUCGCUUUUAUGGACCCCACAUCUGGCAAAAUGAGCGGAGAAUCUUUCUCUGUCAAAUACCACGAUAUGCCCGACGUGAUCGACUUCCUCGUCCUCUACCAGUUCUAUAAAGAAGCGAAGGAUAGAAACUGGCAGAUCGGCGACCGGUUCCGCAGUAUCAUCGAUGACGCCUGGUGGUUUGGGACUGUGGAGAGCCAGCAACCCUUCCAGAUGGAGUACCCUGACAGUCUAUUCCAGUGCUACAGCGUUCACUGGGAUAACAACGAACGGGAAAACAUGAGCCCCUGGGACAUGGAGCCGAUUCCCGAGGACAUAGUUUUGCCGGAUGAAGUUGGUGCCGGCGUUCCCGUCACAGUGGAGGAGCUGAACGCUCUGCAGUAUAAACCUGAGGACGGAGAGUGGGGAUCGAAGUCCAGGGAUGACGUUUGCGAGCGGAUCAUCGGAGGGAUUGACCAGCUGCUCACGCUUGAUUUCGUCAGCCCGUUCAGCGCUCCAGUUGACCUUGCUGCGUAUCCCACGUAUUGCACCGCGGUGGCUUAUCCGACCGACCUGGGCUCCGUCAGGAAGAGACUAGAGAGCCGCUUCUACAGGAGGAUCUCUGCAUUAAUCUGGGAGGUCCGUUAUAUCGAACACAACGCUAGGACUUUCAAUGAGCCUAAUUCUCCAAUUGUCAAGUCUGCCAAAAUAGUGACGGAUGUGUUAUUGCGGUAUAUCGGUGAUGACGAUUGUACGGACAUUCUGGAAAUCUACAAUCAAGUAAGGUCUGAAGAUGUGGAUGAUGCAGAGGAAGAGGAAGAGCAGAGUGCGGCGGUUGAAAUGGAGUCGGAUGGUCCGGGAACAUCUACAGGAAGAACAGUUAGUAAACCUCUGGUCACACGCCGCACUAAGAGGAAUCUUCUGCAGUCCAAUCCCGAUUCCUGGAAGGAUAAGUGCAAGGAGCUGCUAGACCUCAUCUAUGAGCGGGAGGAUUCGGAGCCUUUCAGACAACCGGUCAACAGGCUCUCAUAUCCGGAUUACCAGGAUAUUAUUGACACGCCCAUGGACUUCAGCUCUGUUAAAGCCAAUCUGGAAGCGGGAACCUACGUUGACCCAUUGGAAUUCGGGAGAGACGUCCGAUUGAUUUUUAGUAACUCUAAAGCUUACACCCCCAAUAAGAAGUCCAGGAUCUACAGCAUGACUCUUCGUUUAUCCGCCCUGUGCGAAACCUACAUAAAAGACAUAAUCUCCGAUUACAAGCUAGCCAUGCAGCUACAGAAACUACAGAAGCGCAAGCGGCAGAGGUACCGGAAGCGGAUACACAGCAGCAGCAGUAGCUCCGCCUCUAGCAGCAGAGCCUCCAGUCCCGAAGCAAAGCCGAGAAAGAUUCAGCAGAAAGUCACACCGAGCGUACCCCUGCCCCUCUCCCGGAGCAGCUCCUCUUCAUCUGAGCUGUCCGAUUCUCCGGAGGAACCCGGCAGAACCUCUGCUGAUGAAGAGAUGGACGAGCAGCCUUCCUCUUCCAGAUCAAACGUGCCGAAUAAAAGUGACACCGAGCCAGAGGCAGCAAGCAGCACAAAGACCAAAAACUCCCCUGUGAAAGCGGAUCUCACCAAUGGACCUCUCCUGAACGGGGAUAGGGAAGGUGCUCCGAAAGCAAGAAGAAAACUGCUGAGUUCCUCGGAAGACGAAAGCCAGGAAGAUGAUGAAAAGAAAGUAGAGCAAGAGGAGGGAGAGAAGAAAGACAACGAUGAUCCGCCUCCCUCACCGUCUGUUUGCUCAGAAUCCGAAACGAGCGCAAGUUCAAAGAGCGCCUCAGAGUCCGCGUGCAGUUCCGACUCCGACCUUUCUGCCAAAUCAGACCAGGAUUAUGUUGAUGGAGAUCACGACUACACCAAAGUGGCGCGGGCAAAACUUAAGAGAAAACGUUUGGUUGCUUCUGGUGAUAGUAAAUCCAAAUCAAAGGGAAGAGGACGCGGUAGAGGUAGGGGAAGGGGUCGGGCGAAAGUCUACCACUUAAGAGGUGUAGAUGUCAAGAAAGGGAAAGGUAGAGGCAGGGGGAGGGGAGCAUGCAAAAAGGAGCCUCCCCAGAGCCCAGCUUUAAAGCGAGCGCCGAUGUCUGACGAAGAUGACAACGAUGAGGAGGAGGAGGAGGAUGGUGAUGAAAGCGACUUUGCAGAACAAAGCAGAAAAAAGCCUAGAAUAAACACCAGAAACCAAGGCAGGCGGACUGUGGUGUACAAUGAUUACGAUUCGGACAAUGAACACGAUAGUUUGGUGUCCUUUGACGACCCACUGAACCUUGGGACCUCCCGAUCUGGAAGAGUGCGGAAAAUGACAGAAAAGGCCAGGGUCAGCCACCUGAUGGGGUGGAACGGCUGAUGUAGUGACCACGCGACUAGGUUGUGGUCUGUGUUUUCAAGAAACAAAAGGGUCUUUCAACUGCAGGGAUUUUACCAGAACAAAUUCCUGGUGGGAUUUUUGUCGGACUGCGUUGCUCUCGCGGUGGUGCUUUUUUGAUGCAAUUGUCGAAGUAUUACUCAAUGGCAUUGUAAGGCCAGCCUUAUUUAUUAGGUCUUAAGACUUACAGCCACAAAAAUCCAACACUACAAUUCUAAGGGUGCAGCUUCCAGCUUGGUGCGAGUGACGACACCUUUCUUCUAAAUCAUGGUGAUUGCGUGUUUGUGUAAAACAGAGUUAAGCACCUUUUUAUAGAGAUUUUAUAUGGUUUUGUGACUUUACGCUUAAAGUACAGAGAGAAUAUUUUUUGCACAAGUUUCCAACCCAGAUGGCAGCUCCUAAAUGUUUACAGUUUUUAAAUCUUUUUGGGGGGUGGGCGGAAGGGGAAGGUGGAUCUCUUAAACAUUAAACUUCCAAUACCAAAUGUUUAUGUUGUAUCCUAUACUGAACAUAUCUAUUUGGUGACGACUGGGUUUUAGGCCACUCUCUUUCCUGCAUUGUAAGUUCUGCGUAGUGUCUGUGCCUUUUUGUAAACAUUACUCCUUUAGCUGAGCAUCACGCGCCCAAAUCCUAAAUCUCGCAGACUUUCGCAUGUUGUUGUGUUAUGAGCCUCAAACUACCUCUGCCAGUGUUGGUGGCAGCUGUGAACGCAGAUACUGGGAUGUGAUUGUUACUGAGAAUGUACGGCAGUGUUUGCUCUAUGCUCUCGUGUUUGGGAUAUGAGUUGCGCAGAGCGGAGGAUGGGUAAUGCGAGCUGCUGUAGAUUGAGCGCGGGGGGAGCGUAUACGUUGUACGCUCACCAUACAGGAUCUUACUUGUUCGCUGUUUGCACUCCAGAGCUACUUGCUGAAGGAAGUAGUGUGAGAUCUGUGUGUUAAUAUUUCAUUUUCUUUAAGUGGAGAUUUACGUUGAACUUAUUUAUUUUGUAUGUUUUAUGUUUCUUGUUUUAAUGUGUGGUUUUUUUUUUGUGUAACAUUUAUAGAACAACAAAAGCCUGGUGCUUUCCUGAAUGGCUUUUUUAGAUUCUAGAUCGGAAGAGAACGACGACGUAUAUUCUGAAUUAUCAGUGGCACUCUGUCUUGGCCUCUUUCGCAUCGCAAUAUAGUGGGAUGCAGCAGAGUUUGCCAUACAAUCAGGCAUCUCUAUGGCCACCGUCGGGAAUGGUCACCCUCUUAAGGUGCCUCGGAGAGUGCCCGGACCAGCCUGCUUUGCACUUACGAUACUCCCAUUCCUCUGUGGUAUUGCAAUAUGUGCGUAUGACUGUUUGGCGGUAGGUGUUAGUUACUCUGGGUAGAGAGCACCUGGCAUCUGUGAAACGGGCCGCUCUCAUGGGCAUCUGGUGCUUAAUAAGUCUACCUGUGUUUACGUAACGGGGCUACCUGGUGCAUUCCCGGCUACAAGGAAAUACUUCCCCUCUGAGCACUUUGCAAAACUUUUCUGCCCGCCAUUUGUUGUCCUCUCUUGUCCAUGGCGACAUCUAAAUGAACUGACUUAAGACGCGUUUGCUGCUAUUUCUCUGCCAGCUGUAGUUCAACAAGGAAGAGUCGAGUUGGCUCCAAGUAGACUGGGUUUGCAGCCAAGUAAUAGGGCCCGGAUUUCAGCAGAUGCUCGGUAACAUUUAGUCCGAUUGUACUUUUGCUAUUAGGCGCGAGCCUGGAUGGUGUGUGCACUGGUUGGUGAUCUACUUUAGUACAUGGUUAUCUUGUUACGCCCUGGGGAUGUAACCUCGUACCCGCUUUCCAUGAGAGGUAUGGGUUAUUCUGCUGUUGUCGGUGAGGUUUUAUAUCUACAAAAUAACUUUUUUGCAUUUGAUUUAGUGGUUUGUUUGUGUCUUCCUGCAGCUUUUACCAGGUGCAUUGGUCUUAACCUUCCUAGUAUUCUCACCCGCAUCGUUCUGUGAGCAAGGAUUGUGUUUUCUAACAUUUCCCCCUAGAUGUGCAGCUUUAUGUCAUAUCCAAGGGGACCCAAAAAUAAACAACUUUGUCCAUUAAAUGGAAUUCACUGGUUAAGUGCGAUGAAUACAAUAAUCUGUAUAUUAAAUAAGGUGCAUUGGGAUAUGUACAAGCUGGUAUGUUGCAUUUAAAAGACGAGGAGACCCCAUGAAAGCACCUCAAAUAUCACCUGUCCCCCUUAUUGCACUAGCUUUUGUAGGGAGCAGGGAAGCCCGACAUUGCCCGGACCUGUCGGAUUUGCUCUGGGCCACCAGUGAUGGGGAUCAUCUUGCGCAUCUAACUAAAUUCUGUAGCAUUGUGGGUAGAGCUGAUCCAGUCUCGCCUAUUGUCCACAACUUCUGAUAACGGGGGUUUCUUCAUAGGUCUAUUGCCGACUGACUCCUGACAUACCCUGAGUGUGUGCGAGACCUGGAAUAUCGCAUUGAAUUUACAUAUCCUUAUUACUAGGAGCAGCCAAGUCUUUAUGCUUCCUGCGAAUGCCUGUGGUACUUAUCUAAACGCUUCUUAUUUUCCUAAAGACACCUGCUGUGUAAAUAGGGGUUCACACCCACUUGUAAUCCAGAGAGCUACGUAGUGCGGACGGAAGGGGGGGACAUUUGCUGUCUCGGGCAGUAUACAGGUUUGAGUAUCCCAUAUUCAAAUAUUCCGAAAUACAGACUUUUUUGAGUGAGAUAGUGGAACCUUUGUUUUCUGAUGGCUCAAUGUACACAAACUUUGUUUAAUACACAAAGUUAUUAUACAUAUUGUAUUAAAUGACCUUCAGGCAGUGUAUAUAAGGUGUAUAUGAAACAUAAAUGAAUUGUGUGAAUGUAGACACACUUUGCGUAAUGCACAAAGUUAUAAAAAAUAUUGUAUUAAAUGACCUUCAGGCUGUGUGUAUAAAGUGUAUAUGAAACGCAUUCUGUGCUUAGAUUUAGGUCCCGUCACCAUGAUAUCUGAUUAUGGUAUGCAAUUAUUCCAAAAUACGGAAAAAUCCGAUAUCCAAAAUACCUCUGGUCCCAAGCAUUUUGGAUAAGGGAUACUCAACCUGUAUUAUCAUUUUUUUCCCAUUUUAGAUGUAGGAUCUUUUUUCCGUCUGAAUCUGUAGAUUUACAGAUGAAUCCAGCUACUAGUUGAACUCAUCACACCCCAGACUUACUGCGGAUGUCACUCAUCAAUGGAACACAGUCUUGCAGCCGAAUACCUAGAACCACCGAUAAGCAACAGGUGCCAUUAUUGUACCGCAUGGUGUCACAUGGGCUACCGUGAUGCAGCAUUGUUAUAUAGCGGCACUGUAUUCUAUUGAACGUUGCGAUCGCUGCAGUGUUAGGUCAAUAUUUCUUCUCUCACAAUUACCUGAUUCCAGCUCUGCUUCCCCUGUCCUUUAGUGUGGAGGUAGACCAUUAAGUGGUAUUGUGAUGUUUGGCCAUGGGGGUGGGGGGCUGGCGAAUAAUGCUUUAAUACGUCCGUUUGGCAUUAAUAUCCUUCUAAAUGGGUUAGGCCCUGCAUGUUUUCAGGCUCCAUAUUCCUACUUCUACGGGUUUCUGGAAGCCUGAAUCUGUAAAGUUUUUGUAGCUCUCCCUGUUACAGUAUGUUGUACUUUUAUCACCGAAUACGGCAAACUUUUUAGGUUUGCAUAAUCAGUGAUGGGCGACAUAAAUUAUUGUGUGGCCCUAAAAUGUGGUCCUCCCUCUGCAGGUCUAUUAGCGGAGUCAGGGUCUGCUGCUUGUGCACUGUAGUGACACAACAAGAGCCACGAUAGACACGAGCCAUGUGUCCACGUGAUCACCGAAACCUUGCUGGGAAACGUUAGUCCUGACCGGGAGGCCAGUGACUAUUAAGAGCCAAAAUGCUUAUUCUCAUUUGUUUAUGCUGAAGUAACUGCGAGUUUUACCUAUUAGUCACCUCUAUAAUGGUUUCCCCUCAAUGUGCCAUUAAUAUUUGCAGUCCCGUUACAUUUUCCAAUGUAGAUGUCCUAGAAAAUGUUUUGUUCAGUCUUUCUACCAAAAACAAAGCAAUAAUCAGCCAAAACUGUGAUUUGUCUCUGCCAGUAAUACAUUGACGGCGUUCUGGGUUCAAUCGGUAAAGAUGGCAGCAUUUUCUACUUCCGUGUUUUAUUCCGAAGAGUGUAUAUUGUCCUACUGUUCUGUAUUAGCUUAUGUAUAGCAGUAACAAAUAGUUACACAUGCCAGUUUGAAAGUAAAACGGUUUAUGCAACCAUGUAGUGACGGGACGUGGCCCACACCUUAUUCAGGCACUGACCAACGCGUUUCUUUACCCAAAGUGCUUAACCUAAUAACCUCUCAUCUCCAAUACCUGAAGUCCUCCUGUUUUGCCAAUAGACAUAAACCAGUAGGCUCAUCUAAUAAACCCUAUCAUCCCUAUAGUAAAACGGUUUACGAAACUACAUGGAUUAGUGAAGCAACGUUGCCCGCACCAACCAACGCGUUUCCUUACCCCAAUUGCUUAGCCCACUAGCCUAUCCUCUCUAAUACCUGAGCUCCACAUCUUUUUCUAAUAGACAUGAUCUAGCAUGCCCAUCUAAGUAACCAUAGCCUCCCUAUAGAGUCCGAUGUUAGUGCUGCUUUUUCCUAAAAUAUCACGCGUUUAAUGUAUUUUUUUUUAAAUAUUAUCUUAAAUUUUCUUUCCACUGCCCGAGUGUGGAAUUAAUUGUCCAGUAUUGACUUUCAUUCCUUACGUUAAUAGUUGUGUUCAGGGCGAAUGUUUAUCAUAUGGGACGCGCACAGGUUUCUGCAAUUAAUACCAUUGAUCUGCCUUUCAAUCGCUGUCCUGAACUUUUUAACAAAGAUACAAUUUUUAAAUGUCUCAUUAGAAAAUAAAAUCUUACGUUUUACAGUGGAUAAGUAGAAAGCAUUAAAUUGGAUAUAUUUACUUUAUUUUUUGAAAAAAAUCAAAUAACGAGUUUACGACACAGAUUAUACGUUGGAAUUAUUCAUACACACACAUACACACAUAUAUAUAUAUAUAUUCUUUUAUGUUGGACUAUGACUGUUGCGCGUGUUUACUGACGCACCGGGUACCUGUGGUUAUUUUUCUAGCAACACUGAGAACGUAGUUACUCUUCAUGGCUUGCUCUCGUACUUGGGUAAUUCCUUUGUGUUAGGGGUCAGUAAUUCUGUAAGUUGGGGAUUCCUUUCUUAACCACAAAUGCAUUAAAUGGCUUCAUCCAAUGGGUUGGACUUCUGCAUAAAGUUUUAGGGAAGAUGACUUGCUGAAUCUCUCCUGUACGUCCGCUGUCUCAGGUCCUCCUAAAAUAAUUCAGGGAUUUUUCUUUUUAUUGCCAUGUUAGAAUGGCAGCCAAAUGUACUAUUUAUAUGCAAUGAGCUGUAGUUUUUAUUUGUAUUGUAAAAACAAAACAAAAAAAAAAUUGUACAUUUGUAAAGUAUUUUUUCUAGAUUUUGCUCUAUUUGAGUUUUUGUAUUUUAAGGUGUUUUAUUUUCUUCCCCCUCACAAUACAGACUUAAAAUAAAAAAUAAAAUUUUUUUUUUUUAGUUUGCGAAGCGUGAAAAUGUGUUAAAUGCACCAGAUGUAUUGCCAAAAAUCUUUCCCAUGUUCUGUAGAUUUAGUUCAGUUUGCAGCGUAAUAGAGGCGGUAAACGAGCUCACUGACCCCAGAACGGGUGAAAGGCAAAGUCUAGAUUUGUCUUUGUAAAAUAAACCAUCUGUUUUCUGCACCACUAAUGCGUUGUUAAGCCCCAAUUACAAACACUGAAAAAAGAAAGUACAUAUAUGAAAUGGUCAUACCCGUUACAGGAUACACUUUAAAACUUGCCUUGGGUCUUCAGGAAGGUUUCUUCUUAGUCUUAGGAAGUCCAUCUGAUUACUGGAAGUGAAAAACAGAAAACUACUGAGACUUUGAUUUUUGUAAUCUAAUUUGAGAUUUGUCCCAGUUCACGUAACGUUCUAUGGAUCAUUUUGUUGUGAGAUUCCACCAUGCCUCAUGCUGUGUAUUGUACAUUAGACUAUUUUAGCCAUGUGUUUUAAGGGUACACAAAUGGGAGGUAUUUAUCUGGACCGAAAUUGAUUUCUGUUUAAAUUAGUUACCUCUCCCAUUCUAACAUUUUUAUUUUAUGCCAUAGAAUUCCUCCAAUUUUACUUUUCUGAAGAAAUUGUGUAUUUAUUUGUAUUUUUUAAAUUAAAGAUCUCAAUAACAAAA